AUGUCGAACCUUGAUGAUCCAGGACUUUUCUACCAAGAAAGAUUUUUCGCCAAUGAUGGAAUCCCAGAUUCUGGCCGCGAACUAAUUGCUGAAUACAAACAAUUGAUCACACAAUUCCGCAAUUUUAUCAGAGAUUAUUCAACUGGUGGUUUUGGAAUGAUUUACAGAGAUCAAUUAAAAAAAAAUUAUAUCAGCGGUGUUUAUUCUCUUGAAAUCAAUUUGAGUCAUCUCAAAAAUUUCGACGAAGAAAUCGAAAUGAAAUUGCGAAAAUUCCCAGGAAAAGUAUUGCCAGCACUCGAAGAAGCUGCUAAGGUUGUGGCUGAUGAAAUCACUCAACCAAGGCCUGAAACUGAGCAAGAAGUAAGAGAUAUUCAAGUAUCUUUUACUCUUGAUGAAUAUCCGGCUUCAAUUCGAACUGUGAAAUCAGCGCAAGUUUCACAAAUUGUGAAAAUCAAUGGAAUUAUUGUGGCUGCCGCACAAGUUCGAUCAAAGGCCACAAAAGUAACAUUGCAAUGUAGACAAUGCAAACAUACACUUCCUGAUGUUUCAAUCAAACCAGGUCUUGAAGGUUUCCAACUUCCAAGAACUUGUGGAGCGUGAGUUGAUUGUAAUUGAAAUCAUUUUCCCAAAUUCGAAAUAUUUUUAGCCCUCAACAAGGUCAAAUGCAACGUUGUCCAAUUGAUCCAUACAUAAUGCUUCCUGAUAAAUGUGUAUGUGUUGAUUAUCAAACUUUGAAACUUCAAGAAAGUCCCGAAGAUGUACCACAUGGUGAAAUGCCACGUCAUCUUCAACUUUUCACCGAAAGAUAUUUAACCGAUAAAGUUGUGCCAGGAAAUCGUGUAACAAUUGUUGGAGUUUAUUCAAUCAAGAAAUUGUUCCAGAAAAAAGGCGGAGAUAAAACAUUGACAGGAAUUAGAACACCAUAUCUACGAGUUCUCGGAAUUCAAAUCGAAACUUCUGGCGCCGGAAGAUCCACCUACACUCAAUUCACACCAGAAGAAGAAAGACAAUUCAAAACAUUGGCACAAAAAAGUGAUGCAUUUGAGACAAUCGCCAAAUCAAUUGCACCAUCAAUUUAUGGAUCAGCAGAUAUCAAAAAAUCGAUUGCAUGUUUGUUGUUUGGAGGAUCGAGAAAGAAAUUACCUGAUGGAAUUAUUCGAAGAGGAGAUAUUAAUGUAUUAUUGUUGGGAGAUCCUGGAACUGCAAAAUCGCAAUUAUUGAAAUUUGUUGAACAAGUUGCUCCAAUUGGAGUAUACACUUCAGGAAAAGGAUCAUCAGCUGCUGGUUUGACUGCUUCUGUUAUCAGAGAUCCACAAUCGGUAGGACCAUUGAACAUAUCUAGAAAUGGAAAAAUGGGCGUUAAGACUUUUAAAGCCUUGUUUUUUUGGAUAUUAUUUGUGUCACGUGAAAAAAUCAACAAUUUUCCUAAUCCUCUUUUUUUCAGCGCUCAUUUAUUAUGGAAGGUGGUGCAAUGGUUUUGGCUGAUGGUGGAGUUGUUUGCAUUGACGAAUUCGAUAAAAUGCGAGAAGAUGAUCGUGUUGCAAUUCACGAAGCCAUGGAACAACAAACAAUCUCAAUUGCUAAAGCUGGAAUCACAACAACUUUGAAUUCAAGAUGCAGUGUUUUAGCAGCUGCUAAUUCGGUAUACGGUAGAUGGGAUGAAUCGAGAGGUGAUGAUAAUAUCGAUUUUAUGCCAACUAUUUUGUCGCGUUUUGAUAUGAUUUAUAUUGUUAAAGAUACACAUGAUGUCAAUAAGGAUGCUGUAAGUUUUUAUUUUUGAAAUUGGAAUAACUUUUAUUGUAUCUAUUUUUAGACCCUUGCAAAACACGUUAUCGAAGUUCAUGUAAAUGCUUCAAAUGCUCGAGAUCGCGAUGCUGCUGGAGUUCCAAAAAUUCAAAAUACCGAUUCUGAUGGAACACAUCAAGUUUAUGAUUCGGAUGGAUUUUUGACAAUUGAAUUUAUGAAGAAAUUCGUGUCAUACGCAAGAACUCAAUGUGCUCCAAGAUUGACAAAAGCAGCAUCGGAAAAACUUGUGAAUCAUUAUGUGAAAAUGAGAAAUCCGCCAGUUUCAGCAGAUGCUUUCAAAUCAGGCAAAAAAGCUCAUCAUUCAGCAAUUCCAAUUACAGUCAGACAACUCGAAGCGAUUGUCAGAAUUGCUGAAUCACUUGCAAAAAUGGAAUUACAACCAUUUGCAACUGAUAAACAUGUUGAUGAAGCAUUGAGAUUAUUCAAAGUUUCGACAAUUGAAGCAGCUUCGACUGGAAAUUUGGCUGGAGUUGAAGGAUUUACAUCGGGAGCUGAUCAAGAAGCAUUGUCGAGAAUUGAGAAUCAAUUGAAAAAGAGAUUUGCUAUUGGAACACAUGUUUCGGAACAUUUGAUUGUUCAAGAUUUUGUAUCAAGACAACAUUAUAAAGAAUCGCUUGUUAAAAAGGUGAGAAAUUUGGGGGAUUUUCUGAAUUUCACAGCGGUUUUUGCAAAAAUUCCAAGAAAAAAGAUGAUUUUUUAAUUAAAGGGGGGGCGACACGAAAAAAUAAUUAUAUUUCAUCUGAAAGAGCAUAGUCGAUUUAGUAAAAGUGAUGUUGCGCGGCAAAAAACUGAAAUCCGGAAGUAUCAGAAAAAAGAAAAAACGGGCGGCAGGAAUCGAUCUAGGGGACCUGAGUAGGUUGAUACUCCUUGUGCGCUAAGUCGUCCGAUCUGGCAGGAUAAGCAACGUUGACCUAGGUUAGUUUCUGCAUAGAAAAUUUCUUCUUUUUUGAUGCGCGCGUUGGGUGACCCAAACAACUUUCAGAGAAGCUUCUGAAAGUGGGAGUUUCAGCAUUUUGAGCAAGGUGAAGCUGGGGAAAAGCUGAAAAUGAGCUGAAAAUCGAAAUUUUUGAUGUUAGGCUGAAAUUUUCAGAAAUGCUUCGGGGAGUUGAGAGAAGUUUCUGAAAGUCAAAAUUUCAGCAUUUUCAGCCCAGGAGAAGCUGAAAAUGAGCUGAAAAUCGAAAUUUUUGAUGUUAGGCUGAAAUUUUCAGAAAUGCUUCGGGGAGUUGAGAGAAGUUUCUGAAAGUCAAAAUUUCAGCAUUUUCAGCCCAGGAGAAGCUGAAAUUGGGCUGAAAAUCGAAAUUUUUGAUGUUAGGCUGAAAUUUUCAGAAAUGCUUCGGCGAGUUGAGAGAAGUUUCUGAAAGUCGAAAUUUCAGCAUUUUCAGCCCAGGAGAAGCUGAAAUUGGGCUGAAAAUCGAAAUUUCUGAAGUUUGAUUCAAACUUUCAGAAUUUGCUAGGAGACUUCUGAAAAGUGUGUGACGAGAUGAUUUUUCGGAUUUUAAGACAGGAAAAGCUGGAGGCUGGCUGGAAAUGAGCUGAAAAUUGAAGGUUUUGAUUCUGGUCUCAAAUUUUUAUAAUUGGUUCUGGGAAUUGAGAGAGGCAGCUGAAAAUAAAAAAUUUCAGAAUUUUCAGCCAUAUGAAGCUGAAAAUUGAAAUUUCUGAUGAUAGUUAACAAUUUUCAACCCAGUUCGCGGUAGUUGGGAGAAGCUUCAGAAACUGCCGAUUUCUUUCCGGAUUGUCAGUCGGGAGAAAGUUGAAAAUCGAAAGUCAGGCUAAAACUUCGAGAAUAGUAAGGGGAAAUUUCUAAAUGUGUUAGGAAAAAUUCUCAAAUCUAGGAGAAAUUCUGAAAUGAAUUUUUCCCGGAUUUUUUAGCCAGGAGAAGUUAAAAAUUAUCUGAAACUCGAACUUCAGCAUGUUUGUAGAAAGAGACACGGGCUCAGAGCCAUAACUACUGUUUCCUGCUAAACGUGGGCAAUUUUGCAACGAUAGGUUUUUGAGAUCCUCGGGAAAUCGUAUGCCGUCAUGCCGCGUUUAUGGGCUUUUUGCGUUCACUCGGCGCUCAGAAAAUCUUUAUUUCCUCAGUUCUGAGCAUCGCGUAAACGCCAAAAGCCUCUAAACGCGGAGUAGCACGCUUGCGAUUUCCUGAGGAGAAGCAGAUUUCUAGAGAUUUUUUGUCUAUUCAUCAAUUUUAUUGUUUGAUUCAGCCGCUGUCGUAUUGGCUAGUUGAAAUUUCGCUAGUUCGAAUCGCAACUGAGUUCUAAUUCUCUUUCUGUUCUCAACCUCUGCUCCCGGUCCGACAGACCUGCCGGCUGCUUCAGGCUUGAACUUUCUCUGCAACCGGAAAGUUUGGCGGGCCCUACAAAGAUCUAUAAAAUCUAUGAUACGUGGACCUUUCAACUAGCGAAUGGAAAUUUUUUUGAACAACCCUCACAACAAAAAGUUUUGAAGAAGGAUCAUUAGAUUAUCCUGGAGAAGAUCCAGUUAAAAAAAAGUGAGCAUAGUUCCAACCGAAAAAUCGCUAGCUUUCAAAGUCGGCGUCAGGAGUAUCUACAGAAUCCACAGUAUCGGCCAUAACUUCGGAAGAAGGAUCUGAAGGUUCAAAGAGCACAACCUCUGCCUCUGAUGUUACUGAACCACUUGGAGAAAAAUCACCCCAAUCAGCAACUUCCGAAGCAGAAUCAACCAAUGUUUAACUACAUCAGAAGAAGGAUCGGGAGAUUCUAAAUCAAAAACUUUAAUGAAGAGUAACAUCAGAGGCAGAGGUUGUGCUCUUUGAACCUUCAGAUCCUUCUUCCGAAGUUAUGGCCGAUACUGUGGAUUCUGUAGAUACUCCUGACGCCGACUUUGAAAGCUAGCGAUUUUUCGGUUGGAACUAUGCUCACUUUUUUUUAACUGGAUCUUCUCCAGGAUAAUCUAAUGAUCCUUCUUCAAAACUUUUUGUUGUGAGGGUUGUUCAAAAAAAUUUCCAUUCGCUAGUUGAAAGGUCCACGUAUCAUAGAUUUUAUAGAUCUUUGUAGGGCCCGCCAAACUUUCCGGUUGCAGAGAAAGUUCAAGCCUGAAGCAGCCGGCAGGUCUGUCGGACCGGGAGCAGAGGUUGAGAACAGAAAGAGAAUUAGAACUCAGUUGCGAUUCGAACUAGCGAAAUUUCAACUAGCCAAUACGACAGCGGCUGAAUCAAACAAUAAAAUUGAUGAAUAGACAAAAAAUCUCUAGAAAUCUGCUUCUCCUCAGGAAAUCGCAAGCGUGCUACUCCGCGUUUAGAGGCUUUUGGCGUUUACGCGAUGCUCAGAACUGAGGAAAUAAAGAUUUUCUGAGCGCCGAGUGAACGCAAAAAGCCCAUAAACGCGGCAUGACGGCAUACGAUUUCCCGAGGAUCUCAAAAACCUAUCGUUGCAAAAUUGCCCACGUUUAGCAGGAAACAGUAGUUAUGGCUCUGAGCCCGUGUCUCUUUCUACAAACAUGCUGAAGUUCGAGUUUCAGAUAAUUUUUAACUUCUCCUGGCUAAAAAUCCGGGAAAAAUUCAUUUCAGAAUUUCUCCUAGAUUUGAGAAUUUUUCCUAACACAUUUAGGAAUUUCCCUUACUAUUCUCGAAGUUUUAGCCUGACUUUCGAUUUUCAACUUUCUCCCGACUGACAAUCCGGAAAGAAAUCGGCAGUUUCUGAAGCUUCUCCCAACUACCGCGAACUGGGUUGAAAAUUUUUAACUAUCAUCAGAAAUUUCAAUUUUCAGCUUCAUAUGGCUGAAAAUUCUGAAAUUUUUUAUUUUCAGCUGCCUCUCUCAAUUCCCAGAACCAAUUAUAAAAAUUUGAGACCAGAAUCAAAACCUUCAAUUUUCAGCUCAUUUCCAGCCAGCCUCCAGCUUUUCCUGUCUUAAAAUCCGAAAAAUCAUCUCGUCACACACUUUUCAGAAGUCUCCUAGCAAAUUCUGAAAGUUUGAAUCAAACUUCAGAAAUUUCGAUUUUCAGCCCAAUUUCAGCUUCUCCUGGGCUGAAAAUGCUGAAAUUUUGACUUUCAGAAACUUCUCUCAACUCCCCGAAGCAUUUCUGAAAAUUUCAGCCUAACAUCAAAAAUUUCGAUUUUCAGCUCAUUUUCAGCUUCUCCUGGGCUGAAAAUGCUGAAAUUUUGACUUUCAGAAACUUCUCUCAACUCCCCGAAGCAUUUCUGAAAAUUUCAGCCUAACAUCAAAAAUUUCGAUUUUCAGCUCAUUUUCAGCUUCUCCUGGGCUGAAAAUGCUGAAAUUUUGACUUUCAGAAACUUCUCUCAACUCCCCGAAGCAUUUCUGAAAAUUUCAGCCUAACAUCAAAAAUUUCGAUUUUCAGCUCAUUUUCAGCUUCUCCUGGGCUGAAAAUGCUGAAAUUUUGACUUUCAGAAACUUCUCUCAACUCCCCGAAGCAUUUCUGAAAAUUUCAGCCUAACAUCAAAAAUUUCGAUUUUCAGCUCAUUUUCAGCUUCUCCUGGGCUGAAAAUGCUGAAAUUUUGACUUUCAGAAACUUCUCUCAACUCCCCGAAGCAUUUCUGAAAAUUUCAGCCUAACAUCAAAAAUUUCGAUUUUCAGCUCAUUUUCAGCUUUUCCCCAGCUUCACCUUGCUCAAAAUGCUGAAACUCCCACUUUCAGAAGCUUCUCUGAAAGUUGUUUGGGUCACCCAACGCGCGCAUCAAAAAAAGAAGAAAUUUUCUAUGCAGAAACUAACCUAGGUCAACGUUGCUUAUCCUGCCAGAUCGGACGACUUAGCGCACAAGGAGUAUCAACCUACUCAGGUCCCCUAGAUCGAUUCCUGCCGCCCGUUUUUUCUUUUUUUCUGAUACUUCCGGAUUUCAGUUUUUUGCCGCGCAACAUCACUUUUACUAAAUCGACUAUGCUCUUUCAGAUGAAAUAUAAUUAUUUUUUCGUGUCGCCCCCCCUUUAAAAAAAAUUAAAUAUGCUCAAUUUUUUGAACUACGACGUGGCAAUUCAGAAUUAGAGUAUUUGUUCUCAAAAAUGCAAGACUGAAAAUGAGCUUACCAAAAAUUGAGCCAAUAUUAAAUUAAAAAAAAUUUGUUGGCGGAAAUCAUUUUUUUCUGAAUUUGAAAUGAAUAUUUAGCUUAUUACUGGAACUCUCUCGAAAUUGAAAUUCCCAUGAAAUUCCAAACGUGACCCAUGACGUGGCAAUUCAAAAUCCUCAUUUCUAACAUUACUCUCAUUUUUUGCAGGUAAUUGCCAAUUUGGUUCGUCGCGGUGAUUUGCAACAAAAAAUGCAACGAAAAAUGCUCUAUCGUGUACGAUAA